CGAACGUUGUUUUCGGGGAGCUGGGCAGAAGGAAGAAGCGAUGAAGGCGACGCUGCUAUUGAAGCUACUGUUCCAACUCCCGGGUACUUAACGACUUCAACUGCGUCGCUUUCCUUUCCAACCUUAGAAGCUGCUCUUCCCACUGGUACUUUAAUAGAAUCAGAAAAAUCAGCAUCUGCGGCCCUUGCCCUUGUGUGGUAUGUCAGGUCAUCAUGGUAUGUAAUGUUGUCGAACAUUGGGUGGUAUGCCGGGUGCGAUUAUUGGAGUGGGAGAUCGAGGUUUAUGACUCCUUCAUCCACGAGUCAAAAUCGUAGGACUGUAAUGACCGAGAGCGUCAGU